CGUUGUUAGUUUAGUUUAACCAUCGCAUCGCAGCGCUUGAGUCGCGAUCAGCUGCUGCUCAGGCUCCACACCCGACAAUCUCACCAAGUUCCCAGGAUUUUAUUUUUUUUUUUUCGACGAAAUUAAUUAAUUAAUCCAAAAUGAAAUUAUUUUUAUGUGCCAUUGCUGUGACGCUGUGUGUGGCGGUAACAACCGUGUCCGCCGCCAGCAACUUCGAGUGCCCCAAGCCCAAUGGCCAGUUCGCCGAUGAGAUCCAGUGCGACAAGUACUACGUGUGCGACGAGGGCGUGGCCAAGGCGAAGCUCUGCCCAGACGGCCUGGUCUUCGAUCCCCUGAACCGUAAGAUCAACAAGUGUGACCAGCCCUUCAAUGUCGACUGCGAGGAUCGUACGGAAUUGCAGGAGCCCAAGUCCAGCAAGUACUGUCCCCGUAAGAACGGAUUCUUCGCCCAUCCGGACCCGGCUGUGUGCAACAUCUUCUACAACUGCAUCGAGGGCGACGCCCUGGAGACCAAGUGCACCGUGGGCCUCCACUUCGACGAGUACUCCGGCACCUGUGUCUGGCCGGACACUGCCAAGCGCGAAGGCUGCAAUCCCGAGCAGAGAACAUCGGAGACCGGCUUCGUGUGCCCCAAGGAUCAGCCCAAGACCGAUGACCGCGGCCAGGUGGUGACCCACCCCAAGUACCCCCAUCCCACCGACUGCCAGAAGUUCUACGUGUGCCUGAACGGCGAGGAUCCCAGGGAUCUGGGCUGCCAGCUGGGCGAGGUCUACAACGACACCACCGAGAUGUGCGACGCCCCCGAGAACGUGCCCGGCUGCGAGGACUGGUACAAGGAUGGGGACGACAAGAAGGACUAAGCGCCCUCUCAGCGCAAAAAUCGAUCCAAUCCGAUAUUCUGCUCAUCAAUACAUCCACACACACAGAUACACAUUCCCAACACACACAAACUCACACACUAAAUACACUGUAAACAAAUUUCGGAUUCGCGUCGUAGUCACUUAAAGUUAGUAGUUCUAGCCCAUUCCUAUAGAACGUAUGUCUAGAAGUUAAAUUUCAAAAAAACAAAACCGACUUUCUCUAUACUCUAUAUUCUAUACUCUGUCUAUUCUAGCUCUGUACUGUCCAAUCUUUCCUGUCUCUUAUAGCCUUUUCUAUCUCUACUUUUCCCUCACUGUACUUAAUCGACUCUUCUGACAAUUUGUUGUGUAUAUAUUUCCGUUUUUCCACUUCCAUUUAAUUAUUAUAAAAAAAGGAAAACAACAACAAAAAAAUAUAAUAAACUGAUUUUUUUAUAAACUAUAUACAUACUCUACUCUAUCUUUCUAUCUAUCUAUGUAUCUGGCUCUCUUUUCUCAUUCUUCCUCUAUUUUCUAGGUUGUCUUUUACUUCUCUCUUUGAUUCUCUUACUAUUUUAGUCUUUUAACUAUUAUUCUUCAUACUUUCGACUCUUCUUGAUUUUCUUUUUUCUCUUAUUCUCAUUCUUUUGAAAAACUUCAAAUCAAAUUUUUGAAUCUUAUUCAAUUUCUAACCUCAAUUUCAAAAAAAAAAAAGGAUUUGUAUUCAAUUUGAAUAUUUUUAAAAAUAUUAUACUAUAAUUAUCUCUUAUUCUUAGAGACUCUGAGACUAUAACUUUUCCUAUUCUUUGUGCAUAUUCUAAACACUUUUUUUAAAUUAUUACAAACUUCACUUCCAUUUUCAAAAACUUUUACAAAUUCUACAACUUUUUCACUUUAUCUGCCUUAAUAUCUUGAAACUAUAUAGCUACCUAUCUUCCUUAUUCUAUAUAUUCUUUAGAAUUUAUAUCUUAAGAUCUUUUAAAUUUAAUUUCUUACCCUCUUCUGAUUUUGACAUAUUCAAUUCCAAAAAUAAAACUGUAUUUAUGUCUUAAUUAUAUUUCAAGUUAAACUUCUUAUUUCGAAAUCUUAAAACUGUUUUUCUAUCAUAUUUUUGUAUCUGUUUCAUUUCUUUUCAAUCUGUUGCUCGUUUUUGAAAAUCUUAAAAUUCUGAAAAACUUUUUUAUCCCUUUUCUAACCUUACUUUUUGAAAAACUUUCAAUAUUCUGUGAUUUCGAAACCAUAUCUUAUCAACCUGUUUCUCUUUUUUGAAAAUUUUCAAAUUCUGUUUCAAAAAACUGUUUAAUCCUUGUUCUAACCUUACUUUUUGAAAAACUUGCAAUAUUCUGUGAUUUCGAAACGAUUUCCCUUAUUUCGAAUAUAUCUCUUAACUUUUUCUGUUUUCUGAGACAAUUCCACCAUUUCUAGACUAUUUUUUCUACUUUUUCUACCAAAAACUUAAUUUCUAUUUAUAUUUAUAUGAUUUUAAACUAUAUUCCAUCCAAGACAUCGCUCAACUGUAAAUCCCACAUCCACAUCCACUCCAUUCCCAUUUCGAUUGAAUUAAAACAUGAGAUUUCAAAACUAUA